UACGAAAAUAUGAAACCAACAUGGCUUCUAAAAGUAAAAAUGCCAAGAAAGCGGUGUCGAAAGAAGACCUCAGGCGUCUUAUGAAACAAAAACAAGCCUCUACAAAAGAUACAAAAUCGAGAGUCAAUCAUCCUUUAGCUAAGUACAACACUCUAGAUCAACUUGUUUGUGUUCUUUGCAACACAGUUAUCAAAUCCAAUAUUUUGUGGAAUGCCCAUAUACAAGGGAGACAACACAAAGAGAGAUCGGCAUUGAAAUCACAACCUGGGCCAGCAAAACCCCCUGAUCCUGGAAUUAAAAGAAAAGCAGAGUUCAUAGAGCCAACACCUCCACUAAAAAAGCAGAAAGAAAAUGGGAAUUCAUCGAAGAAAUCAAAGAGCCUUCCAUCUGACUUUUUUGACAAUUCAUCAAAACCGUCUGGAGGACAGCAGGAUAGUCUUGGUCUUGCAUCAUAUUCCUCAGAUGAGGAAGAGGAAGAAGUGGAUGUUAAAGCACCAUCAACUUCUUCACUGAAAUCAGUGCAGUUGUCACAUCCAGCUUUACCUGCAGAUUUCUUUGACUCUGGUGUGAAAAAAGAGGAAGUGAAAGAAGAAGAAGAGAAACCCCGGACUAUGGCAGACAUUUUACCUGAAGGAUUCUUUGAUAAUCCAAAGGCAGAUGCAAAGGUGCGACAAGUUGAAUACAAGGACAAACUGGAUGAAGAAUGGGAAAUGUUUCAGAGGGCCAUCAAGGAGGAAAAUCAUGUGUCUGAAGCUAUAAUAGAGGAAGAAGAUGAGAUUGUUAAUGUGGAAAGGAAUAUUGAUGAAAUUGAUGACCAAAUAAAUCGUUGGAAGGAAAUAAAUGACUUAGAAAUUAAGAAAGCAGAAAUUAUGCAGAAGAAAACGUCAGAUGACAAUGCUAGAGAACAGACUGAUAAUGAAGAUGCUGAGGAGGAUGAUUUAGAGGAUUUUAUGGACUGGAGAUGCAAAACUCUGAAAUGAACUAGCAAACAGUUCACAGGGAAAACAAAGCCUUCCAAAGUCUCCAUACCAAAUCAGAAAGGUUACUUGGAUUGAGCAAACUAACUCUGUUAUGAUUCCAUGAAUAGGAUCAGUUUAAUUAAUGUGUUUUAUAAAUGAAUCUUGUAGAUCAAGAAACUCAAAAAAGGGGAAUGCAUAAAAUUAGCAGUAUUAUUAGGUAACAUUAAAAAAUGGAAGCACUACAAUUUUCUGCCACUUUAAAUGUAUUUCUGUACCAGUGUGAACCAGAAUGGAAGAAAGUUUUGCCCAUAAUUUGAAAUUCUGAUACCUGUACAUUGUAAGACACUGCUUCAGCAACAGAAGAGUUUCAUUUGUUAUAUUGUGUAUGUAACUACAGCUUUAUUGUUAACUUAAUGACUAUAGAAUAAUAGUCAAUAAAGGUUGGGAAAUUUCCAAA